UGAAAGUCCUUCCUGUCCACCUCAGCUCUGUGGUUCUGUCGAUUGAGUCCGCACUUCUCCAGUUCACGAGCGAUGGGACUUCACAUCCUCUUCGGCGCUUCUGUCCUGCUGCUGCUCAGCUACAGUCGAGGUCUACAGAUCCUUCAGCCUCAGAAGUCACUGAAAACAGAAGAAUUAAAGACAGUCACGUUAGUUUGUGUCCUGUCUGGUGACCAGCCACUGGGGCCGGUGAGAUGGUACAAGGAGGCUGGCAGCACACGGACUCACCUCUACUCCGCAGUCCCCACGAGAGGUGAGACGAAUGACCCGAGAGUGACCUGGGUGUACGAGUCAACGACUGUCAACUUCAGCAUCCUGAUGAAGGAUGUCCAAGUCAGCGAUACCGGCACAUAUUACUGCGUGAAAUACAGAAAAGGACUCGAGGAUCACCCUGUAGCAUCAGGACUGGGAGUCUCUCUAACGGUGGCAGCAUUACAGCACGCCAAGAACGCAAUGGAAGAAGACACAAGAGAAAAUUUGCAAAUGCUUAAUGAUCCUGAUGUCUCUCUCCCAACAGGCUCCACUUCUCUGGCGGUGGGCUUAACGUGCGGAGUGGCACUUGUCAUCUUACUUUCCGGGCUUGGGUUUUUUCUGUACAGAAAAACAAAGGGAAGGAACCUGUUGGCAAUGAAAAGGAAUGUCCGCUCCGCCCACCCCACAACACAUGAAUCCAAAACCGCAGAUGACAAUGCGUACCCUUCAAUGCAAUACGUGCACUAUAACCUCAGGGGUGUUCAAAACGAACCUGAACGUGAGGAAGAAUAUGAAGAGCCCAUUUUUGACAGUCUGGAAUUUCGUACAUUAAAAAAGGAAACCGAUUCUUUGUCAUCUUUAGACAAUAUAUAUGCAAAUACAGUUCAGGAGUGAGAAAAAACUGUCCACUCCAGCAUGCUGGUCAUUCUCUGGAUAUCAAGGCAAGGCUGUACUUUCAAAUGAAACGCUGGACCUCCAGUAAUGGACACAUCCGUAACUCCUACACUUGUUGGUGUAUCAAGAAUGGUGACCCCACUGACCUUGUCAUGCAUUUGACCAAUAAAUCAUCUCUUUAGCUCACUAUGGAUUCUCUCAAAUACACAGUUUAUUCCAGGUAAAUAAAAAACUGGAAGUCCAUUUGACAUCAUGGAGGUGUUCCCAGGUUUAAUUCAUCAGUUGUUACAGUUCAAUCACUUCCGUCCUGUCUCCACUGUGAAAUGUACAUGGACCUACUGUAGGCGAGUCAGCCAUGUUGGCUGGGAUUUGUAUUAAAUUAUAUAAUGUUCUGCAGUUUGAGAAAUAAAACAUCUUAUAAAUCAACGUGAUGCAGCAAAUAUGAGACUUUCAUCCGAAGAAUAAAAAAGAAACACUGGAGUAUUAAAGCUGUGCAUAGACAAGUGAGACAUUGACAGCCCCGUCUAAAAAUGAAAUCCUUCAUUGUGAUGCAUUGAAAUGGCAGACCUUAGGUGUCUGCACCCUGGUGGCACGGCAGCAGUUAGUGGGCCACUGGAUAUGCCAGAGCUGCUCCUCUGGCCUACUCUAUCUAUGUGUGGCCUUCUUUUUUUAUAUUCUGUUCACUUGUCAUUAUUGUUCAUUGUUUUCAAUUGUUUUUAUAACAUUCUGUUCAUUUCUUAUUUGCAAGUUAUAUUCUAUUUGGUGAUUGAUUAGUAUUUACUAUAUGGGUGUCUUCCUGUUCUCUUCUCUUGUUUGAAUUUUGUGAGUGGAUUGCUGUGUAGGCCUUUUUAGCUGGCUAUUUAUUUAUGCUUUUAUUAAUUAUGUGUUUAUGGGUAUUUCUUAAUUGUUUGCUUCACUAGCUUUUAAGGCACAGUUGUCACACUCUCUUGACCAACAAUGGAAUAAAGAUACAGAUCUCUUAACCUUA